CAGUAACUUACCGAUGCUGUCACUGAAAAGAGGCGUUUCGCGCGCGUCAGCGGAGUGAAGUUUCUGUGUGUGUGUGUGUAAGUGUGUGGAUCAUCUCACACUGGCUGUGUGUGUUCCUCCUGGAGCCUGGCGUUAGUUUUCAGCACUUUGGAGUGUGUUUGCAUCGGUCGAGCUGUGAUUUGUGUGUCCAGUGGAGCUGAAUCAUGAGCGCGAGUGGAAACGCGACGGCGAUGUUCGGGAUGCGUUUAGCGGACGAUCAGAUUAAAGUUCUGGAGGAGAAUUUCACGAAGGUCAGCAAACACCCCGAUGAGACCACGCUGAUGCUGAUCGCGGCCGAGUGCGGGCUGAGCGAGGCGGAGACCGCGAAAUGGUUCAGGAUGCGAAACGCUCAGUGGAGGAAAGCAGAAGGCCUUCCGGCUGAACUGGGAUCAGUGAAGGACUGAGGGAACAUCUUCAUGUGUUCUUGCUCUUUUUCUCUCUUUGUGCCUGUCGUUGUUCAUUAGACAUGAAUGUGUUUUUGUUUUUUAAUCUAAGUUGUAAUCUUUUGCUCAAUAUGUAUGUCAUGUAUUUUUAUUGCUAUUAUAACUAUCAAAUGUACGUAAAUAAACCAAUGUAAGCAUCUGUAUAUAAAGAAUAACAUUGUGUUUUCAGGGCUUUAUUUUAUAGAGCUUGUUUGCAGAGAAAGUGUGACAGAUAUCUUUAAUAUCUCAACUGUUUGUCCUGAAAUGAUAUUAAACGGAGAGCAAAUGGC